AUGUGUUACCACCACACAAAUCUCUAUUCUUCUAAAUGGAGCUCCAUGAAAAACUUAUCUCCAACAAGGGGAGUGAGGCAAGGUGACCCACUGUCACUCCAUCUCUUCAUAAUUGUUCUGAAGGCUUUUUCUCGACAACUUCAAAAUAAACAGAUAAAAGGUAUUAAAAUUGCUCCAAGUGCCCCUCCAAUAUCCCAUCUAUUAUUCACAGAUGAUUACAUAUUAUUCAUUAAUGCUGAUCUACAUAAUGUGAAUAAUCUCCUUAUAAUCAUUGAUGAUUUCGGGGCUGCUUCUGGCCAAAUGUUUACUUUUAGUAAGUCAAGUGUUUAUUAUAGUGUUAAUGUUCCUCAAAGAUUCUGCAGACUGCAUACUCGAAGAUUAAAGGCAGAGUGUCUGGCUUUCUUCGAGGCAGUUAGCUGGAGUAAUGAUUUAGGGAACACAUAUAAUGUAUUUGAAAGUGAUCUUAAAGAUAAACUAGCAAACUUCAGCAUGAAAUUUGGUGUAACUAGAGUUUGGUUUAAACACCCACCUACUGUUGUUGAGAGUCGAUUAUUGUUGGAUUGUAAAAGUAUUCCAGAUUAA